CUUCGCGAUAAGCUGUGAUGAGCAGAGCGUCCAAACCACAGCUAAAGGCUCCAGAUGUCUGCCGAACGUCCACAGGAGAAAUCCCAGAAUAAUCCAGGGUUUGCACCAACAACCCCCUGAAACCAGCUGGAUUUUCUGUCUGCCGCUGCAGAAGCCAGCCGGGAUCAGUUCUGACCAGGCCGGUUUCCAUUUGGCUGAUCGGGACAGAGGAGAUGAAGGAAGAGCAGGGAGCAGGUGGACGUCUGACCUUAUAUGGCCGCCCAGUCAGACCAGUUCUCCCAGUGAGCCGCAGCGGAGGCGGUCACAUGCUGGGAGCUUUUAAAGCCGAACAGCCGAACCAACAUCAACCCUCAGAGAGGAAACGCUGCAGAGCUUCAGAAAGAUGUCUCGUUUCCUGGACAUGAAGGAGUUUGGAGAAGCGGCUCGUUAUCUGCGCCUGUCCAACCUGGAGCAGCUGGCUGCCAGGGCCCAGGCCUUCGAUGGGACGAAGCGCGUCUGGCUGCCGGAUGAAGCUGAAGCGUACAUCGAAGUGGAGGUCAGAGAGCUGAACGGAGACAAAACGGCGGUGGAGACCAGAGACGGACGGUUCCUGGUGGUUAAAGAAAGCGAGCUGCAGCCGAUGAACCCGCCGAAGUUCGACCUGCUGGAGGACAUGGCCAUGCUGACGCAGCUGAACGAGGCGUCGGUUCUCUUCAACCUGCGGAGGCGCUACAGCAUGUGGAUGAUCUAUACCUACUCCGGCCUCUUCUGCCUGGCGGUCAAUCCCUACAAAUGGCUGCCGGUUUACUUGUCGCCGGUGGUUACGGCUUACAAAGGGAGGCGCCGAGUGGACACGCCCCCCCACAUCUACGCCAUGGCUGACAACGCCUACAGCGACCUGCUGAAGAAUCGGGAGAACCAGUCGAUGCUCAUCACAGGAGAGUCCGGAGCCGGAAAAACCGUCAACACCAAGAGAGUGAUCCAGUACUUCGCCACCGUGGCGGCGCUGGGAGAGACCGUCAAGAGAGGACGCUCCCUGGAGGACCAGAUCAUCGAAGCCAACCCGGCCAUGGAGGCGUUCGGAAACGCCAAAACGAUCCGGAACGACAACUCGUCCCGCUUUGGAAAGUUCAUCAGGAUCCAUUUUGGUCCGACUGGGAGGCUGGCGUCUGCCGACAUCGACAUCUAUCUCCUGGAAAAAUCCAGAGUUGUGUUUCAGCAACCAGGAGAGAGAAGCUACCACAUCUACUACCAGAUCCUGUCCAAUCACAAGCCAGAGCUGCAAGACCUGCUGCUGGUGACCACCAACCCCUACGACUACCACUUGUGCUCCCAGGGCGUCACCACAGUGGAGGGCGUCAACGACGGCGAGGAGCUGAGUCUCACUGAUCGCGCCAUGGACACUCUGGGAUUCACUGCGGAGGAGAAGCUCGGCUGCUACAAACUUGUUGGAGCCAUUAUGCACUUUGGGAACAUGAAGUUCAAGAAGAAGCAGAGAGAAGAGCAGGCUGAAGCCGACGGGACAGAAAGUGUUGACAAGGCGGCGUACCUGAUGGGCAUCAGCUCCUCGGAGCUGCUGAAAGGACUCCUGAACCCCAGAGUCAAAGUUGGAAACGAGUUCAUAGUGAAAGGGCAGACAGUGGAGCAGGUGAACUACGCAGUGGCAGCUCUGUCCAAAGCCACGUACGACCGAAUGUUCAAGUGGCUGGUGGGGCGGAUCAACUCGUCUUUGUACACCGCGCUGCCUCGUCAGUACUUCAUCGGAGUCCUCGACAUCGCUGGGUUCGAGAUCUUCGAGCUCAACAGCUUCGAACAGCUGUGCAUCAACUUCACCAACGAGAAGCUGCAGCAGUAUUUCAACCACCACAUGUUCAUCCUGGAGCAGGAGGAGUACAACACCGAGGGGAUAGAGUGGACCUUCAUAGACUUCGGUCUGGACCUGCAGGCCUGCAUCGACCUCAUUGAGAGGCCAAUGGGAAUCCUGUCCAUCAUGGAGGAGGAGUGCAUGUUCCCCAAGGCCACGGACCACAGCCUGAAAACCAAACUGUUCGACCACCACCUGGGGAAAUCCCCCAACUUCCAGCGCCCACGGCCCGACAAGAAGCACAAAUACGAGACCCACUUUGAGCUGGUUCACUACGCGGGAGUGGUUCCCUACAACAUCUGCGGUUGGCUGGAUAAGAACAGAGAUCCUCUGAAUGAGACGGUGGUCACUCUGUUCCAGAAAUCCUCCAACAAGCUGAUGGCCGGGCUCUUUGAGAACUACGUCUGCUCUGACUCAGCAGCGGUGGCAGCUGGUGACCACAAGGGGGAGACCAAGCACCGGAAGAGGAAGGCUGCUUCUUUCCAGACAGUUUCACAGCUGCACAAGGAAAACCUGAACAAGCUGAUGGCCAACCUCCGCAGCACUCAGCCUCACUUUGUUCGCUGCAUCAUCCCGAACGAGACCAAGAGUCCAGGUGUGAUGGAUCCCUUCCUGGUGCUCCACCAGCUCAGGUGUAACGGAGUCCUGGAGGGGAUCCGGAUUUGCCGGAAAGGCUUUCCCAACCGAAUCGCUUACGCCGAAUUUAAACAGCGGUAUCGGAUCCUGAACCCGUCUGCGAUCCCGGAGGACUCGUACAUGGACAGCAGGAAGGCUGCAGAGAAGCUGCUGGGAUCCCUGGACAUCGACCACAACCAGUACAAGUUCGGACACACCAAGGUUUUCUUUAAGGCGGGUUUGCUGGGCCAGCUGGAGGACAUGAGGGACAGCCGUCUGUCCCGCAUCAUCACCACGGUUCAGGCCAAGAGCCGCGGGAAGCUGAUGAGGAUGGAACUUCAGGAGCUGAAGCUGAAGAGGGACGCCUCCGCGGUGAUCCAGUUCAACCUCAGGGCCUUCUUCUCGGUGCGCACCUGGCCGUGGAUGAUGCUGUUCUUUAAGCUCCGCCCCCUGCUGAAGAGCGCCCAGGUGGAGAAGGAGCUGGCUGCUCUGAAGGACGACUUCGCCAAGUUGAAGGAAGCGUUUGAACGGUCAGAGGUCAGGCGGCAGGAGGCCGAGCAGCGGCAGGUGGUUCUGGUCCAAGACAAGAAGGAUCUGGCUCUGCAGCUGCAAGCUGAGCAGGACAACCUGAUGGACGCAGAGGACCGCUGCAACCAGCUGAUCCAGUCCAAAAUCUCUCUGGAGUCCAAGCUGAAGGAGACGCAGGAGCGUCUGGAGGACGAAGAGGAGGCCGGCGCCAGCCUGACGUCCAAGAAGCGACGGCUGGAGGACGAGGUGCUGUCCCUGAAGAGAGACGUGGACGACCUGGAGAUGACGCUGGCCAGAGUGGAGAAGGAGCGGCACGGCGUGGAGAACAAGGUGAAGAACCUGACCAACGAGAUGGUCGUCAUGGAUGAAUCCGUCGCGUCUCUGAGCAGAGAGAAAGCUGCUCUGCUGGAGGCUCACCAGCAGGUGCUGAUCGACCUUCAGGCUCAGGAGGACAAGGUCAACAUGCUGGCCAAGGUCAAAGCUCGUCUGGAGCAGCAGGUGGACAACGUUGAAACCUCCCUGGACCUGGAGAAGAAGACUCGGUGCGACCUGGAGCGAGUGAAGAAGAAGCUGGAGGGCGACUUGAAGCUCUCUGUGGACGCAGUGAAGGACCUGGAGAGCCAAAAGGAAAAUCUGGAGGAGAGACUGAAGAAGAAGGACUCUGAGUUGGUUCAGUUCCAUGAGAGGCUGGAGGACGAGCAGGCGCUGAGUGUCCAGCUUCAGAAGAAGAUGAAGGAGCUGCAGACCCGAAUGGAGGAGCUGGAGGAGGCGCUGGAGGCGGAGCGGGCGUGUCGCCUCAAAGCCGAACGUCAGAGGAACGACGUCGCCACGGAGCUGGAGGAACUGGGAGAGAAGCUGGAGGAGGCAGGAGGAGCUUCAGCGGCUCAGGUGGCUCUAAGCAGGAAGCGAGAGGCGGACUUGCAAAAGAUGCGGCGGGAGCUGGAGGAGGCGAGGCUUCACCACGAGGCCGUAGCUGCCAGUCUGAGGAGGAAGCACUCGGACUCGGUGGCGGAGCUCAGCGAUCAGAUCGACGCUCUGCAGAGAGCCAGACAGAAACUGGAGAAGGAAAAGACGGAGAUCCGACUGGAGGCCGACGACCUGGCCGCCAGCGUGGAGCAGCUCGGCCGAGCCAAGGGGACGGUGGAGAAAACCUGCCGGGCGUAUGAGGACCAGCUGAUCGACAGCCGGAGCAGAGCGGACGACCUGCAGAGGCAGCUGGCUGAGGUUUCUGCUCAGAAAGCCCGAGCUCUGACCCAAACUGCUGAGUUUAGCCGCCGGUUAGAGGAGCAGGACGUCCUGAUUGGUCAGCUGCAGCGCUCCAAGGUCAGCCUUGGCCAAGACACGGAGAAUCUGAAGAAGCAACUGGAGGAAGACAGCAAGGCCCGGGUGGCUCUGGCUCACGCCGUCCAGGCGUCCCGUCACGACUGCAGCCUGCUGAAGGAGCAGCUGGAGGAGGAGCAGGAAGCCAAAGCCGAACUGCAGAAGGCUUUGACUCGAGCCAACGGUCAGCUGGUCCAGUGGAGAGCCAAGUACGAGACAGAGGCUGUGCUGAAGAUAGAGGAGCUGGAAGAUGCAAAGAAGAAGUUGGUUGUGAAACUGCAAAGUGCGGCUGAAGCCACGGCGGCGGCUCAGGCUCAGAGUUCCUCACUGGAGAAAACCAAGCAGCGCCUGCAGGCCGACGUCGACCAGCUGGCAGCUGAACUGCUGCGCUCCGACGCCGCCGCGCUGGCUCUGGACAAGAAGCAGCGAAACUUUGACAAGCUGCUGAGCGACUGGAAGCUGAAGGAGGAGGAGCUUCAGGCGGAGCUGCAGGCGUCCCAGAGAGAGUCUGGCAGUCUGAGCACAGAGCUGUUCAGACUGAGGAGCAGCUAUGAAGAGGCUCUGGAUCAUCUGGAGACGGAAAAACGGGAAAACAAAAACCUCCAAGAGGAAAUCCUCGAGUUGAGCAACCAGAUUGGAGAAGAAGGGAAAACCAUCCACGAGCUGGAGAGAACCAAGAAGAUCCUCCACAUGGAGAAGAGUGACAUCAGGGCUGCUCUGGAAGAGGCGGAGGGAACGCUGGAGCACGAGGAGAGCAAGAACCUGAGAUUCCAGAUGGAGCUGCAGCAGAUUCGGAACGAGAUCGAACGAAAGACUGCAGAGAAGGACGAAGAGAUGGACACGCUCAGGCGGACCCACCAGCGCUCUCUGGACAGCACUCAGGCCCGGCUGGAGGCCGAGAUCCGCGGUCGCAGCGAGGCGCUUCGUCUGAAGAAGAAGAUGGAGUCGGACCUGAACGAGAUGGAGGUCCAGUUGGCGCACGCCACCCGGCAGGCGGCGGAGAGCCAGAGGAUCAUCAGACACCUGCAGACACAGGUCAAAGAGCAGCAGGUGGAGCUGGAGGACAAAGUCCAGGCGGCCAAUCAGCUCCAGGAGCAGCUGGUUCUGUCGGAGCGCCGCGGCGCGCUGAUGGCGGCGGAGGAGGCGGAGCUGAGAGCGGCGCUGGAGCAGAGCGACCGCGCCAGAAAGACGAGUGAAAACGAGCUGCUGGAGGCGGCAGAGAGAGUCGGCCUGCUCAGCACUCAGAACGCGGCUCUGCUGAACCAGAAGAGGAAGUUGGAGACGGACCUGUCUCUGCUGACCGGAGAGGUGGACGAGGCCGUGCAGGAGAGCCGCAGCGCCAGCGAGAAGGCCAAGAAGGCCAUCACUGACGCGGCGCUGAUGGCCGAGGAGCUGAAGAAAGAGCAGGACAGCAGCAGCCAGCUGGAGCGGAUGAAGAGGAACAUGGAGGCCACAGUGAAAGACCUGCAGGUGAAGCUGGACGAGGCGGAGCAGACGGCCCAGAGAGGAGGGAGGAAGCAGCUCCACAAGCUGGAGACCAGAGUCAGGGAGCUUCAGCUGGAGCUGCUGGAGGAGAGGAAGAGGAGCGAUGAGUUUCAGAAGAGCCUUCGUCACUCUGAGAGGAGAGUGAAGGAGAUGUCGCUGCAGUCGGAGGAGGACAGGAAGACUCUGCUGAGGAUGCAGGAACUGAUCGAGAAGCUUCAGGCCAAAGCCAAGAGCUACAAGAGACAGGCGGAGACCGCAGAGGAGCAGGUGAGCAACACCAGCGUCCGUUUCACAAAAAUCCAACUGGAGCUGGACGACGCGGAGGAGAGAGCCGACAUGGCCGAGACCACCGUGACCAAGCUGCGGCUCCGAACCCGCGAACCACGCGGCGCGCCGGUUCUGAUGAGCGACUGACGCGGCGGUUCCUCCACCAGCUGUGGACGUUUAAUGUCUCAGAUUAACUGGUUGUUGAGUUAAACGUGACCGGGUCGCUGUUUUCUCUCUGCUUUGGUUCGGUUUGGUUCGGUUUCCUGACUUUGUUUUUCAGUAAUAAACCUUUAUUAUCGCU